AUGAAGGUUCCGAGUAAGCUUCAAAUAGCACUGGCAAUUGUUAUUUGCCGGUCAAAGCAGCCUUAUUUGACGAUUGAAGAAUAUAUUGAUUAUAUAAGAGAAGUCUUAUAUAGGAGGAAUAGAAAGAAAGAGGUUAAAGAGAUAUGUGAGUGUUCAAAUACAGUUUCUUUUUGGAAAAAUAUGUUUGAAAGUAUGGACCGUGAAAAUGUCAAAUUGCGUAUUAAAAUUAUGGAGCUUGAAAAGGGGUUGAAUAAGGAAGAUGUAUUGAAUAAAGUAAAAGAGGGAUCCAAAAAUGAGUGUUUUGAUUCAGAAAUGUCGAGAUAUUUAUGUGAUAUGGAAAAAAUUGAUGUUUUACAACAUGAUUCAGGUUCGGAAAAAUUGUAUGAUUCAUUUCGUUUAUUUUAUUUGUCCUGUUUACGAUUAAAAUCGCCAAUUAUUGGUACUUUAGAUUUUCGAAGUACCAGUGUUUUUGAAACUUUUCAACGCCUAUGUAAAAUAUUGAGUAGUUAUAUUACGGAUUCUAUAUCUAUGGCUUUAAAUAAUAGAAGAAUCAACGCAUUUCGUACAAUUUUAGAAUAUAUAGCACAUGCUGUUAAAUUUUCAUGGGACGAUGAAAGUUAUUAUAUAAAUUCAUUUUCAUCCGUUUUUGAUGCAUUGUUUGAGUUAAUACGCUAUCAAUCUAGUUAUUACUUGACUAUCUCCUCAAAAAACUUAAUAUCUUCUGGAAUUCUUGAUAAGAAUUCAUAUGUUGAUGAACGCUAUGAAAUAGUGUGUCUUAUUUCAAAUAUAACAAAUCAAUUUUAUACACUUUUUCCUAUAGUUGUUGACUUACUUGUUAAACAUAUAAAGAUAAGUUAUACUCGAUGUCAAGACCGCGAUAUGCGUUUAGCUAUUAGAAAUUCUGAAAAUUCUGCAUGUGGAUAUUAUCUUUAUAAUCUUUCGGUUCUUUGUCGCAAAAACCGUAGAAUUUCUCCUGAUAAUCUUGAACAGCUUAUAAGAUUGGUUGAGGGAAAUUUCAGGGAUUUCAGAUGUUUCGAACUUGAUAAGCUUCUUUGGAAUUCAAUAUGUUAUCUUUCUUUUAUGGAAUAG